GCAGCGGUGAGCUCAGGUCUGUAAGCGCUGGGGGUGCCCUGCUCCCUCCCAUCCCGCUGGGCCUUCUGCUGUGCGCCUGUGGCAAGGCACUUCAGCGUCACUGCAGGCAGCACCUGGCCUUUGGGUUAUGGAACUGUCUGCCAGGAGUGGGCUCUGGGCCUUUGCCUUCUUCUGCCAUGUAGGAAUCCUGGUCUCCUCAGAAAGCUUUACCCUGAAAGGAUCAGAUUCUCCAGUGAUUGCCACAGUUGGCACAGAUGUCAUCCUUCCAUGCCAACUUUCAGCUAGGACCGAUGCCAAACAGAUGGAAGUGAGAUGGCAUAGCAGUGAGAUUCCUGGCCUAACACAUCAUUAUGUAAAUGGGCAGGAUGCCCCGCAGAAGCAGAACUCACACUACCGGGGAAGGACAGAGCUGUUCAAGGAGGAGCUUCCCAAUGGCAAUGUCUCUCUACUGUUAAAGAAGGUUCAGGUGGCAGAUGGAGGCAGCUAUGUCUGCUUUGUUGGCAACAAAUUGAAUUAUUUGGAAGGCCUUGUGGAGUUAAAGGUUGGAGCUGUUGGCACAGGCCCCACAAUCUCUGUGCACCGUUCCCAGGACCAGGCAGUGACACUCACUUGCAGUUCAGAAGGGUGGUAUCCGGAACCAGCAAUACUUUGGACCGACAGGCAUGGUCAAAGACAGAACUCAACUAUGUCAUCUGUAAAAGAUGUUCAAGGUUUACACAAUAUUCACAGUCACAUGGAUGUGAAAGAUAACAAGAACCAGGUCCUGGUGUGUCAGCUCCAAAGCAACUUCUGGGACCAGACAAGACAGUCGGCGCUGCAACUUUCCAGUAAGGCUAUCCUGUUCCAAAGAGUUUGUCUGGGCAGUAGAAGACCGGGUGACUUAUUCCCAUAUGAUAAACACCCAUAUGUAGUCACCACAGUAAUAUUAUGUCUAUCGCUCGUUAUAUUGGGUGUGGUUACAGGCUUCAUAUUCAAAACAGAGAGAGAAUCCAAAGGUACGUUCCUGGUCCUUUCUCAGUGUGGAAUAUUCUCCAUAGACAAAUGCAUCCUGAAAUAGAGAUUAAAAGCAAUAAAUAGGUAGGGAAUGUGUGAUGAGACAGAAACACCAAUAAGAUACAAAUGUUACUAUUUUCAGCUCCUGUGACUGAUUGGUUCUGCCUCUUGGCCCUGAGAACUUCCUCUGUUACAUUUAGCUUUCCCGGGCUCUUAUUUUUACCAACAUUUUAUCCUAUUUUGCUGAAGUAGAUCUCUGUGGGAAGGAGACCCUUUUGAUCAUGGGAAUGUAACCUCAACUCAGGAUGAGGGUAUUGCGUAGGUUGGCUCAGGAUGGACACAUUGAUGUAGGUAUAAUACCAGUUGAUGGUCUCUUCUUUGCACAUUCAUCUCUUCUCUUUUCUUCCCUCAGGAAAGCUUCAGAUUGCAAAAGGUAUGUAAUUUGUUUUUCUAGAAUGGACUCCUUUGAUCUCUCUCUGCAUCUUCCUCUUUUCAUUACUGUUUGUCUCUCCCAGUCCCUGCUGUUCUAUCAUGUUCGUCUGUGUUUCUCUCUCAGGAGCCUGAGGAUUUGUUCAGAAGGAUAAUUGUCUGUCUCUUCACUGAUGGGUGUGCACCCCCCUCUUGGGUUGUUGAGUGAGACAGUUGGUGAUUCUCCUUUUCAGUGUGGGAUAACUGUUAUAACUUGUAACAUGUUCAAGUUCACUAAUGUUUUACACAUGCCCUGCUGGCACACGCCCCAACCACACAUGGAACACACAGGUAUCCUGGGUAUUGCUGGCUGUGACUGGAUUUCUAUGAUCCUGUCUUUCUGAUGUUAGAUUUUUGGACCUGCUUUAGUGACUCCAUAGUUAAGGUUCCUAAGACAGCUGUCAUUAUAAGCCAAUUUUUGACCUUUGUCUAUAAUUUCCUUAAAACAAACAAAACCCAAACUUACUUUCUUCUUGAAAUUUGGCAUGUGUGAUCUCAUAGCAUGAAGAGGUGUUUUUAUUUAUAUUUUUGAAAGUUUUGAGGUUAAUCUGAGGAGGCAGUUUGGGGAAUCUGAGACUUUGAUUUGAGUGAUGACUGCUGUUCUAAUUUUUGAAAAAUCUAACUUUAUGUAUCUCACUGUGAUCUAGAAACAGCAGAUUUCUUAUGCUCUAGUUUUUAGUGACCUCUAUCAGACCUUAGAAAGCCCACUCAGGGGGGGUGCAUGUGCAAGGGGAGGAUAUGUACUUCUCCCCAUGCUUUCUUGACUUCUCUGUUCUUCGUGCUCCUAAAUACUCCUCCAUAGGAGUUCCCCAAAAAUGGGGGGCCUCCUUCUGGCAUAUGUCAAAGUGCUCGGUAAUAGUGGGCAAAGUGCAUGCUGGAUAAAGGGAGGGGGAGGACUUUGACGGCAGGGGAAAUGGCAGCAUGCUGAAAAAGGCAUUUCUUCCAACCUGCUACCUGAGUUCCAUGGAAGAGACAUGGGGAGUGAAGGACUCCUUCUCUGGUUGCUUCCUGCUGCUCCCUGGUUUGGUCUCCAGAACUUCCUAUCAGCUUGACAGAUGUGAACGUUCCAUUCUGGAGAACUUAUUUAAAAUUAGUCAUCUUUGGUCCUGUGCACUAGAUCUCAACUAACUGAAUUCAGUAAACUAUGUUUUAUCUUCCUGCCUUGUUCUGUUUUCUUGCUAGAUAAUACACAGGUAUAGAUAUCUCUGUCUAUAUUAAACUCUAAACACCUAUGGACAUUUUUUUUAAGUGAGUAUUUAAAGUUAAGUUUCUAAGCUCAUAUUUAAAUAGCAAAAUAAGAGGCCCAAUUUUUCAAAAGUACUGACCACCCAGCAGCUCCCAUUGAUUUCACUGAAGCUGCUGGGUAUAAAUCACUUUAGAAAGUCAGAGUCCUGUGGCACCUUUAAGACUAACAGAAGUAU